AUGAAGGUAUCGGGGGCCGCGUUCCGUUAUCCGGCACCCGAAACCCUGACUCAUUUUUUGGUCUUCCAAGCUUGUACUCCACAUAGCCCAGCUUCCUCACCAUCCGCGAUCCUGAUCACCCGUCGAGACAGCGACGCUCCGUGGCCGGUCACUCCGGAGGAGCUCAUUACGAUGGCAGGGACCAAGUUCGCUUAUGUGCGGAACUUUGAGCUGCCGGACAGCGUGAUUCCGGACACCUACCUCGUGGUUCGCAUCGACGGCAAAGGCUUUCACAAGUUCUCCAAGGCGCACGACUUUGCCAAACCGAACGAUGCGACUGCGCUCGAGCUGAUGAACGAGGCAGCGAGAUAUGUGAUGCAGUCUCUCAAAGGUCAAGUUGCUCUCGCGUUCGGUGAAAGCGAUGAAUACAGCUUUCUUCUGCGCAAGUCGACCACGCUCUACAGUCGACGGAACAGCAAAAUCACCACUCACAUCGUCUCGCUCUUCACAUCCGCGUAUGUCUGGAACUGGUCCAAAUUCUUUCCGAAUCAGCCCUUGCUGCAUCCGCCGAGCUUUGACGGUCGCAUGGUUGUGUAUCCGAACGAACAGGUGGUGCGUGACUACUUCAGCUGGCGUCAGGCUGACACGCACAUCAACAACCUGUACAACACCACCUUCUGGGCUCUCGUGCUACAGGGCGGCAGAACAGAGCAGGAAGCGACCAAGGAGCUUGAGGGUACCUUCUCUGCAGACAAGCACGAGAUCUUGCAUACCAAAUUCGGCAUCAACUACGACCAGCUACCCCCCAUCUUUCGCAAAGGUACCACGCUCGUCUGGACCACCAAUGCCUCAGAGCCGCCAACCCCCACUCAAGCCGCAGAAAUGUCUGUUGCAUCUCCAUCAAAGACGACCGCUUCUCACCCCGGCUCGGCAAAAAGCUCGUUCGAUGCAGACGAGACGAGUCAAGAGCCUGUGUUGGCCAACGCAAAGGACGAGAAGCUGCGACUCAAAAUCGAACGCAAGCGAGCCGCCAAAGAUGCCAAGAAGCAGGAAAAGCGCGACAAGAAAGCCCAGCUCUCCACGCUCCGUACACUGCAUUGCGACAUUAUUGGCCAAGACUUCUGGCAAGCGCCACAGGUGGCGACGCAACCUGCCCAGCACGACUCGGCUCAAACUCCACAGUCGGCUCAAGACGUCUCAAGCUCUCAACCGUGGAACGAUCCUGCGCGCUUCGACGGCACAGGUCUCGGAGUCUCUGUAUUUCUAGAUUGA